CAGUUAUUUAAGUUGUAAUUAUUUUACAGGCAGUUCGAUUCUAUCCAAAUUUAGUGGGUGAUUCCUCCAGUUUAUUUUCUCAACGGCAUUCAUUCUCAUUUUUCUAAUAUUUAGUGCUGACGAAGUCGUUUUCUGUUGGCAGAGAACUUUCACAUCCUUUAUACUUUGGAUUAUUUUCAAAUCAUACCUGAAACUGGAGGAACGUAGAGAAACUGGAUUGGUUCUAGAUUUUUCUCAAGGGUGGUGAGGCACAGCAUGUCUUCAGCAGCAAUCAGAACUCAAGGGACUGUCAACAAACAUCGCUGAACUUCCAAGGCCUUCCAGAAUCCACGUGAUAAAUUUCAGUCUUUUGAGCUGGGUACUUGGAUUUGAACUGAAUGUUUGGCUUUGGGUGAAAAAAGAAUUUAGCCUAUAUGCACUGCUUUAACCACUGGAAGAAUGACAGAUGACAAAGAUGUGCUUCGAGAUGUCUGGUUUGGACGAAUUCCAACUUGCUUCACCCUGUAUCAGGAUGAGAUAACUGAACGGGAGGCAGAACCAUAUUAUUUGCUUUUGCCAAGAGUAAGUUAUUUGACGUUGGUAACUGACAAAGUGAAAAAGCACUUUCAGAAGGUUAUGAGACAAGAAGACAUUAGUGAGAUAUGGUUUGAAUAUGAAGGCACACCACUGAAAUGGCAUUAUCCAAUUGGUUUGCUGUUUGAUCUACUUGCAUCAAGUUCAGCUCUUCCUUGGAACAUCAUAGUACAUUUUAAGAGUUUUCCAGAAAAGGACCUUCUGCACUGUCCAUCUAAGGAUGCAGUUGAAGCUCAUUUUAUGUCUUGUGUGAAGGAAGCUGAUGCAUUAAAGCAUAAAAGUCAAGUAAUCAAUGAAAUGCAGAAGAAAGAUCAUAAACAGCUAUGGAUGGGAUUACAAAAUGAUAGAUUUGACCAGUUUUGGGCCAUCAACCGGAAACUCAUGGAAUAUCCUGCAGAAGAAAAUGGAUUUCGUUAUAUCCCUUUUAGAAUAUAUCAGACAACAACUGAACGACCUUUCAUUCAGAAGCUUUUUCGUCCUGUGGCUGCAGAUGGACAGUUGCAUACACUAGGCGAUCUCCUCAAAGAAGUUUGUCCUUCUGCACUUGCUCCUGAAGAUGGAGAGAAAAAGAAUCAGGUGAUGAUUCAUGGAAUUGAGCCAAUGUUGGAAACACCUCUGCAGUGGCUGAGUGAACAUCUGAGCUACCCGGAUAAUUUUCUUCAUAUUAGUAUCAUCCCGCAGCCAACAGACUGAAGGAUCAACUCUCUGCCUGAGCGGAAUCACCCCUAAACAGGAUUUACCAGAGCAUGUCACCCUUUUGCUUCAAUCAGGUGUGGUGGAGGCAGCCUGACCAGAAACACUACUGCAAGCCAAACAGGAAGAUGAUUCCAUGUCAGAUAAGGGCACUUGGGCUGGUCUUACUCUGCAUCACCACUGCUUUCCUCCACUGCCGUCAUUAAACCUCAGCUGCGACAUGAAAGACUUCACAGGACCACUGCAAGUCUUCUGUUUUCUUGUAAAAUAUAAUGAAGCCGAAACCUUUGGCCUAAGAAGAAAAUGGAAAUAUGUGCCACUCGAUUUGUAUUUCUGAUUAACAAAUAAACAGGGGUAUUUCCUAAGGUGACCAUGAUUGAACUUGAGCUCGAGGGAGUGGAAACAUUGGUUUAAUUUUCUAGAGAAUUAGACUUAAGAAAGUAAAAGAGAAAUUCUGUUAUCAAUAACUUGCAGUAAUUUUUUGUAAAAGAUCCAAUUACAGUAAACCCAUCUUUCCUUAAUGAAAAUUUCCUAUGUUUACAGUCUGUCUAUUGGUAUGCAAACAAUCUUGUAACUUUGAUAAUGAACAGUGAGAGAUUUUUAAAUAAAGCCUCUAAAUAUGUUUUGUCAUUUAAUAACAUA